GGUUAAUCCAACCCACCCCGCCCGCUCCAAGUCAAGGUGUGGGAAGCCUGAGAGGCGACGUGCUUGACGUCAAUCGAUUGGGAGACUCGAUUGGAGGACGACGCAAUGGACGAAAAUAAAGCUGUCCAAUAUCUGGAUUCAUUGAUCGGUCGGACGCUACGAGUGCACGCGACAGACACGCGCAUUUUCGUGGGCACCUUCAAGUGUACGGAUGCGGCACGAAAUAUCAUCCUUGCCAGCACCUACGAAUACCGCUUCCCUUCCCCAUCCGCCGUGCGAGACGCUGCCACGGGUACGGAGGACCCAGCCGCUGCUAGCGCAGUUGACGCUCAGAACAUCAAAGUAAAUAUGACCAGUCGAUUUAUUGGUCUCGUGGUCGUUCCCGGCCAACAUAUUACGAAAAUCGAGCUGGAGGAGACCCCGCGACAGAUUCGUGCACGCGAGGCUCUCAAGAAGUAGACUGCGGGGCAGUGCUUCUUUUCGAAUCAUGCGUCCACCAUCCAGUUGCGCCACACGAGUCCCGGAAGCUGAAACGCGAUCUGCUCUCUCUACUCUCGCCCGAUACUCGGGAUUCUAUAGGCGGUGGGAAGAUAGUAGCGAUGGCCAUAAGAGGUAUAUUACUAUUGGGGGGUUCGAUCGGACAGAAUGCACCCGUUAGCGUCAAGCGGACUCUGCAUG